AUGCAUUAUAUACGGCUUCUCCGAGCCCCGAAGCUCACGUACCAGAAAGAGAAGAAGAACCCAUGGUCUCUCAAUGUCGUUCUCACCGUCACAACCGACCUUGGCGAUUCGUUCCUCGCUCAUGACGAGCCGGUCCCUAUCAAGAUCAAGCUCGGCUGGGAACACCCGCCGGGGAAAUGCCAAAAGCAAAAGCCGAUGACUCUCGCUGGAGAGAAGCUGCUUCAGUGGACUUCCGGCAUGCGUAUCAUGAAAGCCGAUUUCCCGGCUCAACACCUCAAGCCAGAGUUCAACUGCGAAACACCUCUGAGAGUGCACAUCGAAGCUGGCUCGGGACGGUCUGCUGAGACUGCAGCGGACAUCGCGAUGGCCGGACUCAACGGCGAAGAGGGGAAGAUUGUGCCGCUUUGGGCGGACGUCGAUGUACCUGUCACGUGGCCGAUCGGAUCCAACAAGGAAUCUCCCAGGGCGCCGACGACGUGUUUCCGACGAUUACGACUUGGCAGUGAGCCGCUGCCGUGCAUCGAAGUGGAAGAAGACAUUGGCGAGAGCAUCGCCCGUCAUGUAUGGGAUGCAGGAAUGGUGGUCGUUUCGAGGUUAUGGCUGCUCUGCAAUGGAGACUCGGGCCUGGCUGCUGGGCACCCUCUGGCGAUGCGUACGCUGCAAUCGUUACUUUUGGACAACAAACCUCUCAACAUCCUCGAGCUCGGAUGUGGCGUUGGAAUCUUUGGAAUCGGGUUGACGCAUAUGAUCCGUCGCGAAGGCGGGCUCGGCUACGGACCCAAGGUUGACAUUGUUAUGACCGACCUCCCUGAGGCCGAGGAACGAGUCCUGUCCAACCUCGAUAUCAUGGCCAGAACGAGCGGUAGCAGGAUCGAACCGCGGUUUGAAGACCUCGACUGGGAUUAUGGGCGAGAUAUGGGUUUCGGAAGGUCUGUUGAAGCCGAGUUUUGGGACUUGGUGGUCCUCAGCGACUGCACCUACAACGUCGACGCGUUGCCCGCUCUCAUCGAUACUUGGACGGCCAUCCAUAAGCAGAACAACGCAAUGAAAGAGAGGACCGAGGAGGUCGUGACCCGGGUCUUGGUGGCGAUGAAGGUCCGCCACGCUGACGAAGACCGUCUUUGGGAGCUUAUCAAGAAGGAUGGUUGGACUGUGGCCGAACAGGCCGCGAUACCGUUGCCGAUGUUGGGUGGAGAGCCACAGGAGAUACUCUUGUAUCUUUUCGAAAACAGACGCAAAAUGCUGCCGCCGGGCCAUGUCUGCUGA